UGUGACUCCACCCCCGGCCGCUGGUGGCGCUGCGGAGAGAUGUCUCGCUCUGUUACAAUGUAACACUCAGCACUGCUGCUGCGUCUGUGGCUUAUCCAAUGUAACAGCACCGUGAACAGAGACACAGCUUAAGAAGUGACUGGACCCGAUGUGCCGACCUCCAGAGUGGGAAAUGUGUUUUUAUUCUCCUGCGAGAUCCCUUCCACUGCCCUAGAAGUCCCGUUGACUGGACUGUAAAGUGUCUUCGCCCACUGGCUUUACAGGACUGGGCUUGUGUGGAUUAUUGGAAGCGGAGGCCCCGUUGAGUUGGAUGUGUGUGCUGGGCUGGAGUGGGUCAGUCAGUAUGAGGCUACCGCUGCCGCUCUGAGCGGGCUCUCUGCUCCUUGCCUUGGGACUCUUACGAAAUAACAUUUACUUAUAAAACUGGAAACCCCUGGAGCAGUUUAUGACGGGUUUUUUCACGGUGAGACUAGACAUGUGACUCCAUCAUUGCGACGUCAUAUUGACAGGUGAAAACCAGUUCUUCAGAAUUCCUCCGUCAUUCUGGCACGGGUGCAUGGGUGGAUGGAUGUAGACUCUGGUUGGACCGUAAUGACCGCACGCUUCCGGUUGCCUGCAGGCAGAUCCUACAAUGUCCGGGCGACGGAGCUGGCACGCGACAGGCAGCGCACCGAGGUGGUCUGCAACAUUCGUCUUUUGGACAACACUAUCCAGCCUUUUAAAGUCAAUAAGCACGAUCAAGGACAGAUCCUACUGGACGCUGUCUUUAAGCACCUGGAGCUGACCGAGAGAGACUAUUUUGGGUUGCACCUGGCUGACGACGACUCUGAUAGCCCGAGGUGGCUGGAUCCAAAUAAACCCAUAAGAAAGCAAUUAAAAAGGGGCUCUCCACAUCAUCUGAACUUCCGGGUGAAAUUUUUUGUGAGUGACCCCAACAAACUUCAGGAAGAAUACACAAGGUACCAGUAUUUUCUACAGAUUAAGAAGGAUAUACUCAGUGGAAGACUGCCUUGUCCACACAAUACUGCCGCACUCCUGGCAUCGUAUGCUGUUCAGUCUGAGCUGGGUGAUUACAGUGAGGCUGAGAAUUUGACAGAAAACCUGUCUGAGUUCUGCUUCAUCCCCAACCAGCCUCAGGGCUUUGAAAAAGAGGUCACCAAACAUCACCAGCAACAUGGUGGACUUACCCCAGCACAGUCCGAAUUCAAUUACCUGGACACGGCACGUACGUUGGAACUUUAUGGAGUGGAACUGCACUAUGCAAGGGAUCAAAGCAACACAGAGAUUUUCAUAGGCGUGAUGUCAGCUGGCAUUGGCAUUUACAAGAACAGGGUACGAAUCAACUACUUUCCAUGGUUGAAGAUUGUAAAACUGUCUUUUAAAUGCAAACAGUUUUUCAUCCAGCUGAGAAAAGAGGGGCACGAGACAAGAGAUACAUUGGUCGGCUUCAACAUGGUGAACUACAGGGCCUGUAAGAACCUCUGGAAGGCCUGUGUUGAACACCACACCUUCUUUCGGCUAGAUCGGCCCGUUCCUCUGCAGAAGAACUUCUUUGCACAUUACUUCAGUUUGGGCUCCAGGUUCCGAUACUGUGGGAGGACAGAAGCACAAUCUGUUCAGUAUGGCAAGGAGAAGGCAAUCAAGGACAGAGUGUUUGCAAGAUCUCCCAGCAAACCCCUGGGCAGAAAGUUGAUGGGUACGACAGACUGGGAAUCGGUGAGCAGGAACUCACUGUCUGAAGAGAGGCUGGAGACCCGUAGCCUGCCCACCCGCUCGCCCCCUGGAACGCCCAACCACAGGAACUCCUUAUUUGUGCAAGAAGGUCCUCGGCUACGGCCCUCUUCCAUGGGUCACCUGGUGGACCAUGUCAUCCAAGCCUCCCCCAGCCUUCCUAUUUUCUCCAAUCACAAAUCAGCUUCCUCUACACAAGCAAACAGCAUCAGCCUGGAGUCUACACCGUCUCCGGAAGGAGUUGAAGGUCCGCCCCCUGCCCUCCCACCCAAACAGUCCAGGAAGAAUCUGAGCCAGCUUAUACUGUCCCACUCCCAACAGGACUUGGACAACAACCACAUCAAUCAAAUGUACACUAUCCCCAUAUCAACAGACAAGGUGAAGCCAAACGGAGUAAUUCCACAUGACAAUCUUGUCCUGAUCAAGAUGAAACCGGAUGAGAAUGGGAGAUUUGGGUUUAAUGUGAAGGGCGGCUCUGAUCAGAAGAUGCCCAUUAUCGUGUCUCGAGUAGCGCCUGGAACAUCAGCUGAUUUGUGUGUGCCUCGUCUGAAUGAAGGCGAUCAGGUUGUGCUGAUCAAUGGUCGACAUAUUGCAGACCACACGCAUGAUCAGGUGGUCAUGUUCAUCAAGGCCAGCUGUGAGAGCCACUUGGGGGAGCUCAUCCUGUUGGUGCGACCCAAUGCUAUCUACGAUGUAGUUGAGGAGAAAUUGGAGACAGAGCCGGAUUUUCAGUACAUCCCAGAGAAAUCUCCCACAGACCCCUCACAGCUGGACCAGGACGCCUGGAGGGACUCAAUGCUGCAGUUAAAGGAGGGCCUCAAAAGUGCUACUAUGCUUGCCCAGUUUGAUCAACUGUAUCGGAAAAGGCCUGGAAUGACAAUGUCAUGUGCCAAAUUACCUCAGAAUCUUUCCAAAAACCGCUACAGAGACAUCUCACCUUAUGAUGCCACUAGGGUCCUCUUGAAAGGCACAGAUGACUACAUCAAUGCAAAUUACAUCAAUAUGGAAAUUCCUGCCUCCAGACUCAUAAACCGCUAUAUCGCCUGCCAGGGGCCACUACCCAACACGUGCCCGGAUUUCUGGCAGAUGACGUGGGAGCAGGGCUCCUCUUUGGUAGUCAUGCUUACUACUCAGGUCGAGAAAGGACGUGUGAAGUGCCAUCAGUACUGGCCGAACCCCUCAGGUAGCGCCACAUACGGCAACUUUCAGGUUUCCUGUCAGACUGAGGAAGGAAACUCUGCUUUCUUGGUUAGGGAUAUGACUCUGACUCACAUUGAGAGUGGGGAAAGCAGGGAAAUGACCCAAAUCCAAUACCUGGCGUGGCCUGAUCAUGGUGUACCGGAUGACUCAACGGACUUCUUAGAUUUCGUGUUUUUGGUCCGAAGUAAACGAGCUGGGAAGGAUGAGCCUGUUGUGGUCCAUUGCAGCGCUGGGAUUGGCCGGACAGGAGUUCUCAUCACCAUGGAGACAGCAAUGUGUCUGAUGGAGUGUGGCCAGCCGGUGUAUCCAUUAGAAAUUGUGAGAACUAUGCGGGAUCAGAGGGCCAUGAUGAUUCAGACUCCUAGCCAGUUCAAGUUUGUGUGUGAGGCCAUACUGAAGGUUUAUGAGGAGGGCCUGGUGAAACCGCUCAAGUCCACGCUGUACGAAUCCAACUAACGAAAUGCCAGCUUUUCCCGAAAAUGAUACUGAAAUUCACUGACAGGAUCUUCUUCACAUGAUGACAUCACAGCUCUGUGAUGAAGUAUCCCUCGCCAGGAACACAGCUCAUAAACCAAGCACUGCUGCACUUUACAAUGGCAAAGAGACUUUAUGCCAGGCUUCAACGAGGAGAGUAACAGCAACAAAUAAUCUAACAAAGGUGAAUGAGGUACUUGUAGGAACUUUGAGUGUUCAGGGUUUUAACAGAUAUAUAUGUUAAUAAUGACUAUAGUGGAGAUUGCUGGUGCCAUAUGUGUGUAAGGGCAGGCCCGUGAAUGAAUGACUGUUUUUAUAUGUGGUCACCUAUUAUUUUGAGACAAACAACACCUACAAAACAAUUUACAUCCAGGCCUGUGCUGCAGAUGAACAUUUGUAUUUUUAUUAGAAAUAUUUAUUGUAUUAAUUUCAAUAUUGAGCCCUGCAUAAAAAACUACUUACAAAAAAAAAAAAAAAAGAAGGUUUUCUUAAGACAAUUAUCAUUUUUCCUGUUUGUUUGUUCUCCCUUUUUGGGGCAGAUUGAAAAUUUGUUUUAUUUAUUUUUCCUGAAAUUCAUUUUCCUGAAAUGCUGUCAACAAGGACUUUAAAGCACUUUGCAUUACAGCUGUGAUGCAAAAUAUCAGUUUGGUCUCAAGCAGAAGUUAAACGAAUACAAGAAUGAAAAUAUUGUGAUUAUUUACUCACCCUUGUGUCUUUCCGAACCCAUAUGAUGCUCUUGGAGACGGAGUGCAAAAAAUGUUUAGAAAAAUGUUGUGCUGCUCUUUUCCAUACAGCGAAAGCCUACAAGAUAAUUAUAUUCCAAAUCGUCUGAAGCCCAACAAUUGCUUUGUGUGAGGAAAAGACUGAAAUGUAACUUUAAUUACUAAAAAUAUUCCACCCAGGUAUUAGUUCAUCAGCUUGACACAAUUACUUAUGAACCAGUAUGUUUGUAGAAUAAUAAAUUCAGGGCCACCAACCCACAGAAAUUAACAUAUAGAACAAUCAAAUUAUAAAAAGACUGCCAUGAAGAAAUUGGAUCUGUCCAGAGGCAAACAUUCCCCGAAAGAAUCAACUUCUUACCAUUUUAAAAUCAGAUAUUCGAUUAAAGGUUUAGUAUCCCCUGUAGGUAAAGCAAUUUAAAUAAGUUAAGUAUGGCAAACAAGAACUGCUUUUUGUGUUGUUCAAUCUAAAUGUUACACACCAUUGUGUGUCAAAUGCAGUACCGUGUUGGAGGAUCAAACUGGAGUUAGUUUAUGGUUGACCAGUUAAGUUCUUGUAGCAGACUGUGCCUGCAGAAUAUCCAGCACGCUGUGAGUGUGUCCAGUACGUGUGUUGUUGUGUUAUCACUGUAUGUUUCUGAUGUCUGUAUGUGCAAAUGUGUUUUAUAGUACUGUUAGUGUGAAUGUGAGAGCCCAAAUCAUGCGUUUAGGUUUGAUCUAGACCUGGUUCAACACAUUAGAGCUGGUGUCUGGUUCAGGCCAUCUGAUUUUUAGUUUAUUUAAUUGAGCCCUAGUUUUAUUAUCAGUCUUCGUUUAGAAGCCAUCAUAUUAACAUUGUUAAACUAUCAAAUAAAAU